AACAUUUGGUGAAGCACAAUAGAGCGUGUCAAUCUAGUAAUUUCAUUGAAGUUUUAUUAAAUUUACUGGUUGCAUCACCGCUCAUGAGUGUUUUUUUUUCCGUUGACUUCUUUCCCAAGAUCCAAAUUUAGUUGCAUGUUGAAUUGGGAUAAUAUUUCAUAAAUGAAAAGAGAUUCCCGAUCCUGAUGCUAAAACAAUUUGAGUGAGAUUGACGUGGGAGGAAAGGAAAACAGUUUUAUAUAAACUUUCCAGUUUCCACGUGCGCUGUUGAACGUUGGCUACGGUUGCAACUUGAGCGUAAUAGAACAUGACCAAACCAUAUGGAAUCCAUCAGUGUCCAUAUUCUAAAGAAUUACUCGAUUGUUUCUCUCUGCGGACUCAAUCAUAUAUCUGCCAAGAAAGAUUUGACGUGAACAGUUUACCAAACACAUUCCAGAACACCAAGAAAAAUGAUAAACAGAAAACUAAGCACUCGAACGAGCUCCCCACCAACGCAAAGGAACGAACUCCGCAUUGAUUUACCCAUUAUCUCCAACUUCUGUGACAAUGGCACUCCUUCCUUGCCAAGAAAAUUCACAAAUUCGAGGAGAACUAUAAGUAAAAGCACAGAUUGGUCGUUGGAUUCUCCGAGGGAAGAUCAACCAGAAUCUCCAUCACCCAUUUGCAGAAGUAGCACUAGCCCACUAAGCUCUAAAACAUCUUCUUCUAGGUUCAAUACAUUCUUCUCUCAACUCUCCACUGAGUCAUCAACACCAAGAAACCAGGUUUUCUUUCAAGAAACUCCUUUGAUCUUUUGGAGUUUGAUUUUGUGUUACUGGAUAAGCUUGUUAUUACUCGUCAACCAAUAUAGGAUAACACUUUCUCUGGUUACUAGAUCAAGAACAUUCAAGAUUGAACAACCCUUUUUGCUUAGAUACUGUUUUCUUUCUUAAAUUUUUCACGUUUGUUACCAUGAUUGGGAAGUUCAUUUAUAUCCAACUAAUUCUUUUUGCUUGAAGGGUCUUGUAUAUGUUAUCAACUUCUUUGUUUUUUGUUUUGUUUUUAUGUAUAUGGCAAUGGAAAAUGCUGUAAAUUUGACAACCCUCAGAGCUAUUAUGUUACUUCGGAUAGUGGGAAGAUUGGGCGUUUGUACGACCCAAAUCCUCAGAACAAGUAUCCACAAGUAAUAGAAGAGAGUUCAGUUAAUGAGGAGAUUAGUAGUCAAGCUAGCACUAUAAGGAACUUUGGAGUGCCCAGUGGCGAAAGCCCGGAUGAUUUAGAGCAUAACUUGAUGACUCGGCCGAAGCCUUACAGUACGUUCUUAGAUGAAGUCAAGAAGCAGGAGCUUGAGGCUGAGGUAGAAGCAUGGAAAAAAACCAAAGAAACCGAGCUUAUUGACAAGUUAACCAGAAAAGAAGCAGCGAUAAACGAAUGGGAACGCAAGCAGACUAGCAAGAUUGUGGAAGAAAUGAAGAAAUUUGAGAGCAAACUUGAGAAGAAGCAUGCUAAAGCAUUACAGAAAUUCCAAAAGAAAAUGAACAUAACCAAGGCAGAGGCAAAUAAAAUGACAACAAAAGCAAGGAAAGAAACCAUUGAGAAAAUAUCAGACAUUUCAAGGAUCUCUGACAGAGCAUUAGCUACGAAGAAUUUAAAAUGUGUCAAGCUACGGUUCUCUUAGUCCAAAAAAGUGGCACAUAAUAGAUUAUACAUUGCACAAAAAGGUUGGGAUUGAACUUUUAUCUGAUUUUGGUGUUAGUUAUAUUUCAAGGGAUCUUCACACUACUAUACCUAAGAAAGGUUUUAUUUACAAAGAUAACCCUACUUUUUUAUUUGCAAAAAUACUACCAAAUUUUAAAAUAAUUCAAACCCGAUUUAAAAAUAAUUACCUUUGUAUACCUUUAAUUUUAAAAUAAUUCAUUCCACAAAAUGUGGGCUGAAACCUACAUAAAGUGAGGAUUUUGCGAG